AUGGCGUCCGAAGGCAGUGAAGCCAAGUCGUACUCGACUGACCCCGCGCUCUACAUCUACACCUCGUUGACGGCCGGAUCGUCGCACAUUGUCACGGCAACGUCGCGGCUCGAAACCAUCUUGCGCGCCAACCGCGUGCCGUUCAAGGCCAUCGACAUCGCGGUUGAUGAGAAGGCGCGCAUGCUCUGGGGCCGGCGCGCUGGCAAGGACGCAAGCGGCCGCCAGCGCAAGCUGCCCGGCCUGGUGCAGAUGGGCAUGGUCCUAGGUGACCUCGUCGAGAUUGAGGAAUGGAACGAAUACGGCGAACUCAAGGAGCAUGUCACCUUCUAUUACGACGAGUUCACCCAGCCGCCCAUCAGCCAGGCCCCAAAGCCUGCACCUGCUCCAGCAGCAUCAGCCAACACAACGACAGCAUCCUCCAAGCCAAGUGCUCCCCCAGCAGCCAUACCCGCGCCGCCUCCGGCGCCCGCACCGAAGACAACCACCACCACCACCACCACCACCCUCCCAGUCCGAAGCGUAGCCGAAGAAGCGGCACAAAAAGCAAAGCAGUUACGCCUGCAGAGCCUCCGGGAUAAGGUCCACGGGAAGGGCUCAUCUGCCGCCCCCUCGUCCUCAGCGUCGGGGCCACCACCACCACCACCGCCACCAGAACAACCCACCAAGGACGACGCCAAUGUGACCAGCGCAGAAUCAUCAAAAUCCCCGCCUCCUGCCGCCGCCGGCCUUCAGUCCCCGACCUCGAGCGGCUGGAAGGGGCCCGGCGCAGACAUCAGCACCAUGACGACGCUGCUGCAGAGCCCGCAGUCGACGAGCUGGAAGCCGGCCAACGUGGAGCCGCCCGUGACAGAGCUGCACGGGUCCGUGGUCCAGAGGGCGUCGGCUGAGGAGAUUGCGGCCGUGGAGAGGGCCGAGACGAUCAAGGAGGAGCCGGAAGAGGAGGAGGAAGAAAAGGAUGAUGAGGAUGAGGAUGAGGAUGAGGAUGAUGAUGAGGAAAGUGAAGAAGAAGAUGAUGAGGAGGAGGAAGAGGAGGAGAAAGAUGAAGGCAAGGCAAAGAUGAAAUGA